AGCAACCGUAAAUGGUUUUGAGGGUGGCUUUAUGUAUUACAUCGCUACGGUCUCAUUUUUCUCAUGAAUAAUUCUAGACCAAAUGAGUUACUAGUUAACAAUUUCAAAAUACCUAAUUGGUCAGGUAAACCCCCGCCGGGUCUACAUCUAGAUGUGCUCAAAGAUGGGAAAUUGAUUCAGAAACUUAUAAUAGAUGAAAAAAGCUGCUACUUUUUCGGUAGAAAUAAACAGUUAUGCGACUUUGCGGUGGAUCAUCAAUCGUGCUCACGUGUGCAUGCAGUUUUGGUAUGGCACAAAUUCUUGAGUCGUGCGUUCCUAAUUGACCUCGGAAGUGUCCAUGGAACUUUUAUUGGUAAAAUUAGGUUAGAACCACACAAACCUCAACAGGUUCCAAUCGAUUCUGAAAUACAUUUUGGUGCGUCUACUCGUGUUUAUAUCAUCCGUGAACGUCCUAAUCCUUUGUACAAUAUUUCUGGAAAUCCUUCGGACCCGAACUCGCAAGCAUUAGAUGGCAAUGGUACAAUGGGUCCAGAAAAUCGCAAUUUGGAUGGAUCUGAUACGGCCACAAAUUCUUUGGGCCUACUCUACUCUCAACUUCCUCAAUCCGAGGUUGAAUUGGAUAAUUUAACCGAGUUUAACACAGCACAUAACCGUCGUAUAAGUAGCAUGGUUGAUGUUGCCUCUAAUCCUACAAUUCCUACUAACAAAGCACGUAAGAGACCACUGCAAAAUGUGCAUUUCAGUGACGCAGAUGAGGUUAUUAAUCCUGAGGAUGUUGAUCCUUCGAUUGGAAGAUUCCGAAAUCUUAUACAGGAGACUUUCAUACCAAAUAAGCGUGCUAAAGGCAGUCAUGAAGGUGCCAGCUUAGGUGUUGCAGCUCCAGACCUACCUGAAACUUUUCGAACAACUGGGAAAAAUAAUGUAGAUGGGAAUAACUCUGUUCAUAACUCAGGAAGAAGUUUGAUGCACAUGAAAAACAUAUUUGGACCUCAUUACAGUCUGGCUUCUAAGCUUGGUUUACCUGUGCCUAAUCUUGCUCCAGAUGUUGAAAGUGAACCUCAAGAGCCUACUUUACCACCAACUGUAGCAAUGCUUCAUGCCUAUGCACAUUCAAGACCUGGGACUUUAGGAAAUGCUUUUUCAGAUGGAAAAAGUACUGCGGGUGUAUCUAGACUGAGUGCCAGUGACAUCUUAGGGACUUCAAAUGAACUGGAUGCUGUUUCAGGUGCUAAUCAGGAUUCUGGACUAGAUAUGGGUCUUGUUGAAGCCAAUUAUCCUAAGAAGAAGAAGUACGCCAAAGAAGCAUGGCCUGGUAAACGUCCAGGGUUUCUGGUUGGACCUACGACCUAGUAUUUGUGCAUAUUUCCUUUCAUUUCUAACAAUUUCCGUGGUACCUUAUAUUUCGUCAUUCUUGAAUAAGAUAUCUGCCUUGUAUAUUCGUUCCAUUAAUGUUAUUAGAAGUUUUACCAUAAUUGACCAUGAUAACGCUUUAAUAAUCGACAGAAUGUACAAAACUUUACGAAUACCAAGUUAUAGCUUUUUAUCAAUCCUGUUAAUUAUCAUAAUUCACCAACUACUUCUGAAGGAUUUUGUGCAAACGUAAAAUACUUGAUGUUUUUGCAAGAAAUAAACCACUGUAAAUACAAUCACAAUAUUUUUAUUUAAAUAAUAUUCCCAUUUUAGUAACAAAUAUCAGUUUUCUCAAAAUACCAUUACAAAAUUACAGUACUUACUACAUCAAUAACAGUAAAGAUAUGUUGUCACUACGACUUGAAGUACUCUAAGAUUUGCCAGAAAUAGUCUCAAGGCACACCCCAUGCAUGAGUGGGUCAGAAUUAUAGUCCAUACGUAUUGAAUUGCUCUUACAUCUUAACUACACCCAGCUAAUGACAAAUUAUGUGUCAUGUUUUUUUUUGAUAGAACUACUUAUGCCUGUUACCCCUCGUCCAUCGGCAUUCUUCAUUAAACUCUGUCCUGGACAAUCCUUUCCAGUUGCUAUUCAUCCUUUUCAUGUCUGCUUCCAAUUCCCGACGCAGUGUUUCUUGGCCUUCAUCUUUUCCGUUUACCUUGAGGAUCCCAAGUUAGGCCUUGCUUUGUGAUGCAGUUUAGUGAUUUCCUCGUGUCCUAUUC